UACAUGAACACGUUGCACACAAGUCUGCCCGACACCCUCGAGAAGCUGAUUCCUAACUCCCUGCAAGUGCAAAGCUGCUGCCACCACCAUGACAAAACUGGCACAGAAAGUUGCAGAAGACAAUAAGGCUCCAUAUCCCCCUGCUGGUGAAUCGGCAUCAUUGCAGCCUGCCGAAUUUGCGAGCACUACGAUGAGAAAACAUGGAGUCACUCUGCCAUCUAUUAACUGCCCUGUGCCCUCCUAUCCCAACUGGGAUCUGGAUUGGAAGCCCAGUGCACGCUGGUUGCCGUCGCCUCGAUAUUCCGACGCUCCCUUUCCUCAUAUAAAAGAUAUGAAGUUUCCAGACAGGAUCAGACUAAUGCGUCCAGGACCGAGGCACAUACAUAUGGGGGCAGAGUGGAGCUUUUAUCCCAAUUCUGGGUUACCCUUCACAUACCACACUGGGAAGCGCUGCAGCUUCGAAGGGACGCACUUGGGAAACCGCACGUCGUUGGAUGUAGAGAAGCUGGAGGCGAACAUUGGGACAAAGAAAAAGGUCUGUGACCCCAGGAAUGGAAUCCCUUUAUCCAACCCCGGAGACAAGCCUUUCAUUAGCCCCGAGUACAGCCCCAGCUUCCACAAAUUCGGAUCUACAAGGCCACUUGUCAAUUUAAGGGACUCGUAUAGAGUGAGGGCAGAUACAUUCAUUCCGCUGCAGAAACCGCCCCCCAAACCUCGGGUCCCAUACAGAGAGAAGGAGGCCAAGCAGAACUGGGAGGAAUCAAAGCAAGAAGUGAAGGAGCUGAACACAUGGAAACCUUCCCAGCGGAGCUUCACACUUGAAUUACCUGUCAAUGGGCAGCAAAAAAAUGGAGAAUAACAAUGGCGAGGAUUGGAGGGGGGUUACAUUUGGGGGAAAUGCUUCACAUUUCAGGGCAGGCAAGCGAUGUCCUUUUGUAUGUGUUUUUUUCUGCAGCUUGGUUACAUUGAGAAUAAAGUACUGUUGGGAUUUUGCUUUUCA